GUUAUUUCUGAGUAUCUGAGUUCUUCAAUUAUAGAAAGAAAAGGAAAGUGAUCAGGGAUCGACCUGGGACUGAAACUUGCCUGAAAUUCCAAUCAAUCCCUGUUCUUCAAGGGUUUUUGAUUUUUGUCUCUUGCCCAGUUAAGCCUAUUCUAUCCGAAAAAAGAUUCUCUUCUCAGAGACAACAUGAGGGGUGGAUCGCAUGGUAACUACAGAAACCCUUGCCUGACAAUGCAUCAACCUUGGGCUUCGCUGCUAGUUUACGGCAUCAAGCGCAUCGAAGGAAGAUCAUGGCCUGCUCCAAUCAGAGGCCGACUUUGGAUUCAUGCUGCUGGUAAGGUUCCAGAUCCAGCUACCAUUAAGGCAAUGGAGGACUUCUACAGAGAAAUCUAUGCAGUGAAUGGUAUUACAGACAUCAAGUUUCCAGAGCAUUAUCCGGUUUCAAGGCUUUUAGGUUGUGUUGAAGUAGUUGGGUGUGUCAAAUGUGAAGAGCUGGUGUGCUGGGAGCAGCUUCCUGAAGGGGUGAGGUUAGAAGGGCAAACAGAUUUCUGUUGGCUGUGUGAACAUCCAGAGAAGUUGGUAGUUCCAUUUGAGAUGCGAGGUUUUCAAGGAGUUUAUAACCUGGAAAAGAAGAUAUAUGAGGCAGCAGUUAGAGGCCUUCGUUCAGUCGAUGGUCCACUGCCUGUAAAGUUCCCACUUCCAGAUCCGCGGGAUCCUUUUUCAUUGAAGCCAGGAUCACUUACUGCAUCCUUUGUUGGUUCAAAAGCAACUGUGGAUAAAACACCAAAUCUCACUGCAGCCAUAGCUGGUGCAAGAGCCGCAGCUACACAGUUUUCAAAGGAGAAGAAGAAGUACAAAGCUUCUAUGGUCCAGAAAGAUGCAUCGGAAUGCACAAGAAGUCAGUCAGAGGAUAAAAUUAUCAAAGAUGGUAGAAGUGUAUCUGGAGAUGAAAUAUCUAAUGAGGAAUCAUCUGCAAACACUUACAGACAACGCAUUAGAAACAUGGAUCGUAGAGGAAAUAGCAGCAACCAAAGUCAUGCUACUAUUAGAGAAUCGAACCAACAUUCCAUAGCUGCUUCUAAGAUUUUCUCCACAGCAAUUAGGGGCCUUAAGCCAGCAUAAGUAUGAUAACAAUCAUUGGGUUCAUAUAUCGAUUGUUGGGGUGAAUGGCUUCAAGUACAUUGUUUGAAUGAGGCUUUGUUCCUUAGCAUUUGCACAUGGAGAUCAGGUGAAAUGAAUCAAGGAUUCACAUUCAAGUUGUUGAAGAUGCUACUUGAGGAAUCAGAAAUGAAGCUGUACAAUAUUUUCUUUUAUGUUCAUAUGUUUAUAACGUGUCAAAACAAAUGCUAUGGGAUCGUCUUCUGAUUAAGUGUUGUUCCUUUUAGUUUCAAACUUGUGGUGAUCAUAAAUUAUGAACAGAAUUUUUUAGGAGAGUAUGUAUGGGACUUUUUUUAUUUGA